AAAAAAAGCGUUUUUUUCUGGUGAAUAUUGAUUAUUGAAUUUAACCCUCCACCACCACCAUUCCUCCACCAGAAAAAAAAUGAGCUGGCGUCAUUCAAUUCAAGAAAAUAAUUCAAUUAUAACCACUAAGCAAAGAAUUCCGGAUGAUAAUAAUAAUAAUGAUUCAAAGGAAUGUUUUCAAAUAUCACCACCAUUGAAAUCGUCGUCAUUGAAUGAUCAUUAUAAACAACGUCGACAACAAAAAUUAUGUAAAAAUAUUUUCCGUCAUUUUCCCGGUCGUGUACCGGUUAUUGUUGAAAAAUUGGAUACAAAUAUUAUGUUGUUGAUGAAUAAACAACAACAACAACAGAAUUCAAUACGAAAAAUAUUCAAUUUUAAUGGAAAAAAAUUCGUCAAUUCUUCAUCAUCGUUGAUCAACAAUGAUAGAACAACAACAACAACAACAACAACAACGAAUAGAAAAAAACGUUUUAAAUUUCUCGUUCCAUAUGAUUGCAGUGUUGGACAAUUUCAAUGGAUAUUACGAAAUAAAAUUGAUUUAAUAACAACAUCAUCAUCAUCAUCGAAUCGUGCAAUAUAUUUGAUUGUAAAACGUACAUUACCACAUGCAUCAUGUUUGAUUGGAGAAUUAUAUCGCCAAUAUCAAGAUAAUGAUGGCUAUCUAUAUAUUCAUUAUAGUGAUGAAAAUACAUUUGGAUCAUCAUUAUCAUUAUCACCAUCUUCACCAUUGCCAUCCUCAUUACCAUCCUCAUUAUCGACAGUUGAUUUUCAUCAAAUAUAAAGCAAUAUUAUCGAAAUGAUCAACAAAA